AUGAGGAAACUUCUUGUGAAUAUUCUUGUUUUUUGGGUUGGCAUGUGUUUAAGUCAAGACGAUAAAGAAACAAAAAGAUAUGAAGGAACAACCGAACCUUACAAAGUAAUGCUCAAACCAAAUCCAUUGGAAUUGUUUGAGCCCUUCGAGCGUAUAGAUUUUGAGGAUUCCAAAAUCAUCUUAAAAUCUGACGCCACUGUGAAAAUCUGUCACCACCCCAACUUUAAAUGCAUGGCUAAAUUAAAUAAUCCGGCUCCAGUGUGUGCUUACGCCAAACGUCAUGGGUUGUUCAAUUAUGCAGAUAUUUGCAAAAUACAUAUUGAAAACUGCUUGGCUCAGCCAUUAAAUACUGGUUAUGUAUAUGGAGUUCCAACUGAACAUGAUAUAAUAUUCUACAAUGGCAAAGAGAAAGACUGUCACUAUUACUUCAAGCAAGCAAAGAAUAGUAAGGAUGCUAUCAGGUUGUACUACGAAGUUGCCCACGAAACUGUCAAUAAUGACCUGUAG